AUGUCAUCAGAUGAAACGAAUCAUUAUUAUACAUAUGUUGCUCACAACUGCACAGAAUUCACAUUAACAUAUAAAAUAACAUUCAUUGAUUUAAUAAAAGGAAUCAUACCACAAAAUCUUAAAGAUACUAUAACAAACAUUACAAAAAGUGAUAGAAAAACAAGCAAAUUAUGGUGUAGUUGGAUAUUGAAUGGUAUAAAAUAUGGUAACAACUGGAGAGACUUUUGUAGUGGUAGUAGCAGUACUGACAUUUUGUCAGUUAACGGCUCAAUGUUUGGAUUUGAUUUUAAUAACCCAUUUACCAAGAAGAAACGUGAAGCUGAACAAUUAGCUCGUAUUCAAGCAUUACAAGAAGAACAAAGAGAUAGCCGUGAACAAAUGAGGAGUGGAAAUUGGGAAUCGAAAAAAAAUAUCGAAAAUGCAUUGAAACAAGCCAGUAACAAUAAUACCAUGUCAUCUCAUUAUCAACCUGGGCAAUCAACUAAUCGAUCAAAAUAUCAAUUUGAAGCUGAUGAGGAAGAUGAUAGAUUAGAAGAUCAGAUAGACAAAAAUUUGGAUAGUCUUGCAGCGGGUUUAGGAACUUUACAAGCUAUGUUCAUUGUUGCUUUAGUAAAUUCCACUUUCUCACCAACAAACAACCUUUUGCUACCAUUCCCAAAAAACAUCUGA